CUCUGCCUUGCUCAUUUACUGUAAAAGCUUCCUCUGAGUUGAAAGUCGCCUCCACAUUCACUUUCCCCUGCUCCCCCUCCUCUCACUGAUUUCUUGGAAACGGCUGCUGUUCUGCGACACAGAGCCACAGUAUAUCUCAGCCUCAAGCUUGAUGCCUCACUUUUGGUGACUUUGGUCUCAACGCAGAGAACCUCCACACUGAAGGAAACACCACAGUUGUUUAAAAGACUCAGACUCUUCUUCACGGCCUGAACCUGGAGCUGGACAUGAGGGAGGAGCACCACGCCGACGGAGGACAAGAGCCGCGCCCUGCGGAGAUGAGGAUAGUGUUGCUGGGGAAGACCGGCACUGGGAAGAGUGCCACGGGGAAUUCCAUUCUGGGAAGACAAUGCUUUGAGUCAAAGUUCAGCUCAGCAUCUCUAACCCAGAGCUGCUCCAGAGCAGAAGGAGAGGUGGAUGGACAAGCGCUGGCUGUCAUCGACACCCCCGGUAUCUUUGGCACGAGGUGUGAUGGUCGAGCCACCAUGGGUCGCUGCAUAUCCUGCGCCGCACCCGGACCUCACAUCUUCCUGGUGGUCAUCAGUCUCGGACGGUUCACUGCUGAAGAGCAGCAGACGCUUCAGAUGAUUCAGAAGAUGCUUGGGCCGGCAGCUGACAGGUACAGCAUGGUGCUCUUCACCAGCGGAGACCUGCUGGAGGGAAGCUUCCAGGAGUUCCUGAGCGAAAGCCCAGAGCUUCAGGAGCUCGUGUCCAGAUGUAACGGCGAGUACCAGGUCUUCAACAACAAGUCCCCAGAUCGCUCCCAGGUCACUCAGCUGCUGCAGAAGAUCCACAGAAUCGUGCAGAAGAACGGAGGAAGCCACUACACCAAUGAGAUGUUCCAGGAGGCGGAGAGAGUGAACCAAGAGGAGAGAGAGCGCGUCGCCAGAGAGAAGGAAGAGAGCAGUCGUCUGGAGAGAGAGCAGAUGGAGAGAGGGGUUCAGCAGGAGUUGGAUGAAAAGAUGGAGCAGACACGGGUCGAGCAGGAGCGAGUGAGACAAGCUCAGGGGCGGGAGGGAAAGGAGAUGCAGGAGAGGUUGGAGAGAGAGCUGAGGGAGGAGAGGGAGAAGAUCGAAGAGGAGCGGAGAAGAGAGCGGAUGAAUGCAGAGCAGGAGCUGGAGAGAAUGAAGAAAGAUCUCGUAGCAGAACGUAACCAAGCGUUGCGGGAUGAGAGGGACCGACUGAUGCGCCAGGCUGAGUCAGAGCAGCGGGCCCAGCAGAAGUGCUGCAAGUGUGUGGUUUCCUGACUUCACUGUCGCAGACUUGUUGUCAAUAAAUAUCUCAAAAUGAUUCCUGUGGUGUUUUGCUCGCAAAAAUACCAUCUAUUCA